AUGGCGGUGCAACUGACGGAAGGCGCAAUAGCGAUGCUAUCUUCUGGGAAAUGGCAACCGGCGGACGUGAAACCUAUGCUUCAGGUGAUAGAACUUCGGGCUGUUCCGUCACAGACUUCUUCUGCUGUAAGUGGAGGAGAAAAACAGGAGAGAUACCGGAUUAUGCUAUCUGAUGGCUUGUUUUUUCAGCAAGCGAUGGUUGUUGCUCAGCUGAAUGAGUUGGUUAGAUCUCAGCAGAUGCAGAAGGGUUCUGUUGUUCAGUUGAAGGAGUAUGUCUGUAAUUUCAUCCGUGAACGCCCCAUUUUUAUAAUCAUCGACCUUGAUGUGAUUAUUGGAACCUGUGAUCUUAUCGGUGAUGCAAAAUCAUACCCUCCUACAUCAAAUUAUCCAUCACCUAUAAACAGUUAUCCCCUUCCAAUGUAUCCAAACAGGGGACCCACAGCAAAAAACAAAGUGACACCUAGGAUUAUAUUUAUCCCCAUUGCUGCUUUGAACCCGUGUCAAGGUAGGUGGACUAUAAAAGCCAGAGUGACUUCAAAACAAGAACUUAUACGUUACAACAAUGCAAAAGGAGAUGGCAAAGUUUUUUCCUUUGAUCUUCUUGACUCUGAUGGUGGUGAAAUACGUGUCACAUGCUUCAAUGCUGUAGCUGAUCAAUUCUAUGACCAAAUUGAAAUUGGUAAAGUUUACUACAUUUCAAAAGGCAGUGUAAAACCUGCUUCAAAAGCUUUUAAUCAUUUAAAAAACAACCAUGAAAUCUUACUGGACAACACGUCAACCAUUCAACCUUGCUUUGACGACGGUUCCAUUCCACGUCAGCAGUUUCAAAGAGUUCUAUUGGGUGACUGGUAG